AGCUGGAGCAGCAGUGUGACCAGCUGAUGAUGAUGAAGUAUGGGAGGCUGGUGGAUCUGGAGGUGCUGCAGACGCUGUCGGGGAACAGGAGGCUGGAGGAGCUCAAGCAGGAAAAACUCCUCAGAGAAGCUGCAUACGCCAAGGAAAUCAAACAGUGGGAUGCGAAGGUAGAAGAUGCGCAUGAGGCUCUGAUGGAGGUGACCAGGUGUAACACAGAGCGUCUCCUCACCAUGACGAACCUCCUCAACCAGAAGAAAGAACUGGAGUGCAAACUCAACGCUCGGCAGAAGAAAAUGGGCCGACAGUUCCUGGAUUACAGACGACGUCUGGACCAGGCGGAGAUUCGGAGGCUUCAGGAGCUGGUGAAAACACAAUCGCAGCAGGCGGAGGCCCUCAGAAAAGAGAUUUGUCUCCUGUCCCGUAAAGGAGGCCACGUCCUGCCCCCCGGCUAUGGCCCGCCGCCCCGGCUCGCCCCUUUGCCCACCCCCACAGACUGCACACACGCAGGCAAACGUGAACCAGGGCGUCCAUCCAAACAGCUGAAAGCACAAAACUCACCUAGCAGACAGGAAGCUCAUUAAUUGAGAACAGAGGCCAGAUAAACACAGUUACUGUGUAGUGAGAGAACUCUGCUUACUAAUAGCACUUUCUUAUGAAUUAAGAUUAAAAUAAA